AUGGCCAAGCCUCCAACAAAGCCCCUCAAGAUCCUCAUGCUCCAUGGCUUCACCCAGUCCGGCCCACUUUUCCGUGCAAAGACCCGCGCUCUCGAAAAGAACCUCCAGAAAGCCUUCCCCGCUGGUGCCCCGGACGCUUGGGGGUGGUGGAGGCGCAAAGGAGAGGAUCCAGCAAAUGCGGUGUAUGAUGGCCUAGAGGCGGGCUUCGAGCGCGUGGCACAGGUACUGAAGGAGGAAGGUCCGUUUGAUGGGGUGAUUGGGUUUAGCCAAGGGGGGUGUGCUGCGGCGUUUGUAGCAAGCUUGCUGGACGAGGGGCGGCGAGAUGCAUUUCAGGCUUGGGAGAAACAGGGCGGGAUGCGAUAUCCUUCAAGUCUGUUGCGAGAGGAGGAGGUGGUGCAUCCGCCGAUGAAGUUUGCGGCGAUAUAUUCCGGCUUCAAAGCGACGGAGAAUCCAUUAUAUAGUGCAUUUUACGAGCCGAAAAUACGCACGCCGACGUUACAUUUCAUUGGGACUAUGGACACGGUAGUGGAGGAGAAAAGGAGUUUGAAAUUGAUGGAGCAGUUUGAGGACAGUAAGGACAGAGUUGUGUAUCACCCGGGUGGCCACUUUUUGCCUAGUAGUCAGAAGCAAUAUGUCGGUGCGUUGAUAGGGUUCAUUAAGGAAGUAUUGGGUAGAGGUGGUACGAACAAUGCAGAAGAGAAUGCCGAAGACAUGGACGUUCCGUUUUGA